AUGGCUCUUCACUGUAAUUCUUUGGCUCAAAUACCAAUUCAGAAAUAUGAUCAUUCGUUUGUGAAAUAUUCAAACAAUUUGUUGAUGUCCAAACGAUGCUAUGCUCCAAAGAAAAAAUCAUCAGUUGGUCAAGUAGUGUUUAAAAUCACAGCAUCCAUCAAGAACAAGGUUUAUGAAGAUGAAUCUCAAGGCAUAGUUUGUUACCAAGAUGAGAGUGGAGAAAUAAUUUGUGAAGGGUGUGAUGAAGGGCCUUCUUAUAGACAAAUUUCAAGACCAAUCCAACAAACAAGGGAUAUUGAAAUUGUGAAUCUACUAAAAAAAAGUUGGUUUCAAAUUGCUAAAGGGGAAGAAGAAAUUGAUGAUGCAGUUGAAGGAUUUAAUUUGAAUUUCAAUAAAAGAGUCUAA